CGGCGCCAUGAGCGGGGGGACGCCUUACAUCGGCAGCAAGAUCAGCCUCAUCUCCAAGGCCGAGAUCCGCUAUGAGGGCAUCCUCUACACCAUCGACACCGAGAACUCCACCGUGGCGCUGGCCAAAGUUCGUUCUUUUGGAACUGAAGAUAGACCCACCGAUCGGCCUAUACCACCUCGUGAUGAAGUAUUUGAAUACAUUAUAUUCCGUGGCAGCGAUAUAAAGGAUCUGACUGUUUGUGAGCCUCCUAAACCACAGUGUUCACUGCCCCAGGAUCCAGCUAUUGUUCAGUCCUCUCUAGGGUCGUCGUCUUCUACUUCAUUCCAGUCCGUGGGCUCCUAUGGUCCUUUUGGCAGAAUGCCAGCCUACAGUCAGUUCAGUCCAAGUCCCUUAGUGGGCCAGCAGUUUGGUGCUGUUGGUGUUGGAAGUUCACUGACAUCUUUUGGAACUGAAACAUCGGCCAAUACGAGCUUGUCUCAAAGCAAUGCAGUUGGUUCCACUUUUACAACAGAUGCACGAUCAUUAAAAACGCAGCUCUCCCAAGGUCGUGCAAGUCCUCAGCUAGAGCAUUUGAGAAAGAGCCCUAUCCUGGAGCAAGCAGUACAGACCACGUCGUCCCACUUAUCUGCAUCGGCCCCAGUCGGGCGCAGGAGUCCUGUUUCAGCUAGGCCUCUGGCAUCUGCUAACCAAAAAUCCUUAGAAAAUCAGGAGCACCGGCGAGCUGAAGCACACAGGCUGUCAAGAUCUGAAGCAGAGCAGCUGAGAAGUGAUAAGCGUCAACUGGAUCUCUCCAAAACCAAUUUUCCCCCAGUUCCAGGGGCACCACCGGUACGAAGAGGCCGUGGGGGUCACCGUGGAGGCCGAGGAAGGUUCGGUAUCAGGCGGGAUGUUCCAAUGAAAUUCGAGAAGGACUUUGAUUUUGAAAGUGCAAAUGCUCAGUUCAAUAAAGAGGAAAUAGAUCGUGAAUUUCACAACAAGCUGAAACUGAAAGAAGAUAAACCAGAAAAGCCGGUAAACGGGGAGGAUAAAGGCGACUCGGGUGUCGACACCCAGAACAGUGAAGGCAACGCAGAUGAAGAUGACCCCCUCGGGCCCAACUGCUAUUACGACAAGACCAAGUCUUUCUUUGAUAACAUCUCCUGUGACGACAACAGAGACAGAAGACCCACCUGGGCGGAGGAAAGAAGAAUAAACGCAGAGACAUUUGGGAUUCCGUUGCGUCCAAACCGUGGCCGUGGGGGCUACAGAGGGAGGGGAGGCGGCGGCGGAGUUGGCUUCCGAGGUCCUAGAGGGCGUGGCGGCCCCAGAGGGAGCUUCAACGUCCCUCGGGGGUUUCGUGGUGGAUUCAGAGGUGGACGCGGUGGCAGAGAGUUUGCAGACUUUGAAUACAGGAAAGACAACAAGGUUGCGGCGUAGUCCACGAGGAAGUUGACAGCCAGGUGGACUUGCAGAUCGUAGUCCAGAGAAUGUCAGUCUUUGCAAAGAAAUUGACUUUAUUUGCUGUAAAACUCGUCACCAGCACUGGGGUUUGUUUUUUUUAACUUCAAAAGGGUUUGAAGCAGUAACCGUUUGUGGGGG